CUCCCACAACCAAUGAAAGCACGAGAGUAAUGCACGUAUUUUUUUUUACUGUAGCAUGUCCUAAAUAAAAAGAAUUAUUUAUUGGAAAAAUUAAUAUUGUCUAUAAAUAUUGCAACCAAAAAACACUUUAAUUAAUUUUUGUUGUCUAGUGAGAGAGAGAGAGAGAUGGGAAGAGCGCCGUGCUGUGAGAAAGUGGGGUUGAAGAGAGGGAGAUGGACUGCUGAAGAAGAUGAGAAACUUAGAAAAUACAUUGAGGAAAAUGGUGAAGGUUCUUGGAGAUCAUUGCCCAAAAAUGCAGGGUUGCUUAGAUGUGGAAAGAGUUGCAGGCUGAGAUGGAUCAAUUAUUUGAGGUCUGAUGUGAAGAGAGGAAAUAUAUCUGCUGAAGAAGAAGAAAUCAUCUUCAAUCUCCAUGCAUCAAAGGGAAACAGGUGGUCUCUAAUCGCCGCGCAUUUACCUGGUAGAACAGACAAUGAAAUAAAAAACUAUUGGAAUUCCCAUUUAAGCAGAAAAUUCCACGGUUUCCGCCGCCCCAAUCCCAACUUCAUCCCACCACCGUCGCCGCCGCUGCCGCCGAAGGCCGGCGGUGGUGGCCGCAAGAAGACCAAGAGCGGUAACCGGAGAGGCGGCCGCAAACGCACGGGCAUUCAAGAAGACACCGCCGGAGCUGCAAGCGCCGCCGUUGUUAUGCCGGCGACUCCCACUCCGGAGAGAGAGAAAAUUGGCAGAAUCAUCGCGGAGGAGAGAGAGAGCGGCGGCGACUCCAUGCCGGGACCGGGAGUCUGCGACAUGGAUGAUAUUAUGGAGGAUUUGAGCGGGCUUUGGGGCUCGGAAAUCGGGGGUGUGGAUAUAUCAAGGGCCGAAGAAUUCGGGCUGGGCCUAGAGAACUCAUCGAUGUGUGAUGCGCGUGAUAUCUACGAGCCCGAGCCUCUAUCACGGGCCAAGGAGUUCGGGCCAGGCCUAGAUACCUAUGAUCCUGGGCCUCCAUCACAGGCUGAAGAGUUCGGGCCAGGUCUGCAGAACUCAUCGAUGUGUGAUGGACGUGAUACUUGCGAGUCCGGGCCUCCAUCAUGGGGCGAAGAGUUCGGGCUCAGCCUAGAAAACUCGUUGAAGUGUGAUACUUACGAGUCUGAGCCUGGGAAUGGGCUGAGAGAAAUGGGCUCGGGCCGAGGAGAUCUAUCGGAAUGGAUGUCAUCAGAAAUUUAUGAAAGUACAUUUUCGUGGUUAUGGGAUGACUGUAGUGAGAAAUGUGACCCAAACAACGAAUUGUUGGAUGAUGUGAUGUGUUCAUGGUUGUUGUCGUAAACUUUAUGCUACUUAUAACUUUUGUAGUAAAGUGAAUGGCCAUAAAUUGUGAUUUGUAGUUUAGUCUGUUCGUAAAGAUUGAAGGAUAUCAACCUUGGACAGCUAAAUCAUCGGUUAUUAAUUUAUGAAGUGAAUGUUGUUUUCAAAUUUUUAUUUUCACUAUUUAAAGUUGUAUUGAUCAUCUAAUAUCGUUGUUGUGUUUCUACUAAAUAUCAUUUGUAAACUUGUUAAGUUGUUAUCCUACAUUUGACUUGUGGAUA